CAUGAUGAUGCGCUGGGGACAGAAAUAGACCGAGAGCUCGAGUCGAGGCUGCAGAGCUAGAGCUGUGUGCUUUCCAGUGGAUUGCGGUGUCUUUUAACACUUUCCCAUUGAUCAUUUAUUCUGCAAUUCCACAAAAUGGUCAUUAAAGUAUUCCUGGCGUCCUCCUCUGGAUCGACAGCGAUAAAAAAGAAACAGCAAGAUGUUGUCGGGUUUCUUGAGGCCCUUAAAAUCGAUUACGCACCGCUUGACAUUGCUUCAAACGAGGACAACCGGAUGUGGAUGAGGGAAAAUGUCCCUGGAGAAAAGAAGCCCACCAAUGGAAUUCCUCUUCCUCCACAGAUUUUCAAUGAAGAGAUGUAUUGUGGGGACUAUGACACAUUUUUUGAAGCCAAAGAGGACAACACAGUUUAUGAAUUUUUGGGUCUGACACCUCCACCAGGAUCUAAGGAGGCACAACAAGCGGAAAAUGCACAAAAGCUUCAUAAUGGAUCUGGCACAGAGGAAGAUCUUGAUGAUGACACAACAAAAAAAGAACUCGUAGAGGCUGAGCAGAAUGGAGAUGCACACACAGAAGACGAUUCAGGCGAGAAGGCAGAGACAGAUGCUCAAGAGGAGAACGCAGAAGAGAAGGAACCAGCAGAAGAAGACGAAGAGAGUAGAGAGGUGGCUGAGGAGGAAGAGCAGGAGGAAGGAGAAGAGGACAGGGUUGAGGACAAUCAUCUGGUCUCAGAGGCAGAAGAUGAUUUGGUGUCUGAGGAGGAAGAAGAACUCAGAGAGCUUGAGGAAGACUAGUGGUCUGAAGCUGAUGAUUUUGGACCUGGAUUUUCCCACACAGCUUGAAGUGACACCCCACUUGCCCCGGAGCCAUCAAAAAUCGCCCACAAAUACUUUCACCGCAGCUUUGCCCAAGCCAAAUGUGAUACCACUGCUCUG